UGCCUGCUCUCUCUUGGUGGGGUUGGAGGCUGACCGACGGACGGAAGACAGCCUAUCAGCGGAAGAAAGGGGAAAAAAACAACAUGUGCAAAAGGAGUAUAUAUAGAGGGAAGUAAAACCCGUAAACCGGUCUGGCAGAUAACUUUUUUUUUUACCCCCUUCCCUCUUGCCACCAGCACCGGGUGCUUUGCUCCUCACAGCUCGGCUCGCCAGAGAGCGAAUGGACAGAGCGGCGGAGGAGCAGGACAGCCUCACCACCUACGGCAGACCUCACCGUCCACACGGCCGCUCACAUUGUGUCUGUGUCCGUCCGUCAAGCGUUGGGGGUGGAAAGGGAUUCACCGGAUAAGCGGACAAGAAUACCAUGCCGACGAGUGAUUGCCCAGGCCACUUCUCCGCAUUUGUGGCUCCGUCUCACAGCACCCACCAGAGGUGUCCAGGCUACGUUCCCGGGCGGGUGGCUCCAGUGCGCUCGCCUACACCGACCAAAGCUCCACCACCCCCGCCGCUGAAGCCACAUGGCCUGCGACUGGAGCAACGGACAGCGCCGAGCCAGCCGGUGGAAAACCAGCGCAGGGAACCCUCUCUGUACCAACGGCAGAGGAAAAACACUCUUAUAUGCUGCGGAGUCAUGCUGGCGGCUUUCUUUCUUACACUCAUACUCGUCCUCAGUCUCGCAAGUGGAAAAGAGUUAGAUGAGAACUGUCCAGAUCACCACUUAUCACUUAGUAGCUGGAAUCCAGGUCACCAACCAGACAAGGCGGUCGUUGUCCCGAGGGGACGUUUCUACAGACUGGAAUCUUCUGCCACCUUCUCUUCACUUACCAUCCAAUCAGGAGGUCGUGUAGUUUUUGCUGACAAUGCUGACGGCAGCAGAAACAUAACCCUGAGAACACAUCACAUCCUCAUAGAAGAUGGUGGCGCCUUUCACAUCGGUUCACCCAAAUGUCGCUACCGGUCUCGUGCCACCAUUGCCCUCACGGGUCGCUCUGACGACAAAGCUGUCCCCGAGGUCCCCGUUCUGGGCCGCAAGUUCAUCGGCGUCAAGAGCGGUGGAACAUUAGAGCUGCACGGCACAGAGCGGGUUUCCUGGUCUCUGCUGACCCGAAGCGUCCCCGCAUCCGGGCUCGCCACCGGGGGCUAUGCCUUCCAGAAGAACUUCAGCCGGGGGAUCAACUUCCGGGUAUUCGACCAGGACACUUCUGGUUUGCUGUUCGCCGAGCGAUACGACACCCACGACUCCCGUAACGACAGCCGGAGGCUCACCCAGCUGCUCCGCUCUCUCCCGGCUGGCCGCAUAGUGGCGCUGGCUGUGGGGGAUUCUGCCGUCAAGAGCUUGCUGGAUGAAACCAAGAAAGCCUUUAAAGAGGUGCUUGGCAGCAGAUUUGCCUAUGAUCUCGAAUACAGGCAGGCGUGGGCUUUGGUUUCUGUGGUUGGAGGUGGCAACGAGUCAUGCUCAGAGGACGUGAGGGAGCACGAAAACCUCAACACAGGUGGAAGAGCUCUGGCAACUCGCAAUUUCACCACUGUGGAAGGAGUGGGCUUCUCUGUGUCUGCCUACAGCGAGUGGAAGAAUGGCUACCCCAUCAUGGGCUUCCAGGUAGACGCUGAGGACCAGGUGGUGCUAAACCUCCAAGAUGAAGUCCAGCAGACCUGGAAACCAGGCGAUAACAUUGUGGUCGCGAGUACAGACUACUCCAUGCACCAGGCUGAGGAGUUCACCCUGCUACCCUGCCCUCAGUGUACCAGCAGACAGGUCAGGAUACAAGGAAAGCCUCGGUACAACCAUGUCGGUGAGAUCAUCGAUGGAGUCGACAUGCGGGCUGAAGUGGCUCUGCUCUCUAGAAACAUUCUCAUCUAUGGAGAAAUGGAAAACUCUUGCUAUGGAGACAACCUGUGCCAGUUCUUUAACCACGACACCUUCGGCGGCCAUAUAAAGAUCCUUCGUAACUUCUCAUCAGUGCAUCUGUCCCACGUGGAGUUGAAACACAUGGGCCAGCAACGAGAAAUGGGCAGCUACCCGCUUCACUUUCACAUGUGUGGGGACGUAGACCAGAAGGGGGGCUACAGGGAGCCGACGUACGUGGACGGACUUUCCAUCCACCACUCCUUCUCCCGCUGCGUCACCAUCCAUACCACCAACGGGCUGCUGGUAAAGAACACCGUAGGCUACGACACGCUGGGCCACUGUUUUUUCCUGGAGGAUGGGAUUGAACAGCGCAACACUUUCUACCACAACCUUGGCCUCCUGACUCAGCCUGGGACUCUGCUGCCAACAGACCGCAAUGAGACUCUGUGCACCAGCAUCAGGGACAAAGUUUACAAGGGCUACACUCCCUCGCCAAGCACAGAGUGCAAGGCAGUCUCAACAUUCUGGAUCGCCAACCCCAACAACAACCUCAUCAGCAAUGCAGCUGCUGGCUCUCAGGACGCUGGAAUAUGGUUUGUGUUCCACAGCUCUUCCACUGGAGACUCUCAUGGGCUGGUACCAGAGACCAAGGCAGAGCUCACUCCUCUGGGAAUUUUUUACAACAACCGUGUACACUCCAACUUCAAGGCAGGGCUGUUCAUUGAUAAAGGAGUGAAGACUACCAACGCCAGUGCUGCUGAUCCCCGGGAAUACCUCUGUCUAGACAACAGUGCAAGAUUCCGACCCCACCAGAAUGCCGACCCCAGUCGUCCUCGUGUGGCAGCAGUCAUCGACUCCUUGAUUUCCUUUAAGAACAAUGACUUAGGAGCGUGGAUACGAGGUGGAGACAUUAUCAUCCAGAACUCUGGCUUUGCAGACAAUGGAGUGGGUCUGUCUUUUGCCAGCGAUGGCAGCUACCCAAAAGAUGAAGGCUCCAGCCAGGAGGUGACCCAGUCUCUGUUUGUUGGUGAGAGCCGAAACAGAGGGACCAAUGGAGGACAAAAUAAAUACUGGGGGACGGGAGGGAUUGAUGGAAAGAUGCGGACACUGCCAAGAAACAAGACAUUCCCAAUCCGAGGUUUCCAGAUCUAUGAUGGUCCAGUGCGUCUUACACACAGUACGUUUCGGGGGUUCGUCCCCACACCGGAGCGUUUCACCAGUGCGGUGGGCUUCAACUUGAAGAACACGUGGCAGCUGACCCCAAGGAACAACCUGUCCCAGCUCAGCUUCCACCCCACUGUGGCUCUUCGAGUGUUCUUUGGUCGUCCUGGACAGUGGUUUGAGGAAAACGACCUGGACGGGGACAAAAACUCAAUCUUUCACGAUGUGGACGGGUCGGUGACGGGCUACAGAGAUGCAUAUGUCGGCCGAGCAGACAAUUACCUAAUCCAGCAUCCUGACUGUGUGAAAAUAACCCGGUGGAAUGGCGUGAUCUGCAGCGGCCGCUACUCUCAGGUGUAUAUUCAGACAUGGGGAGCCCCUAGCCUGAGCUUGUCUAUCAACAGAGAUGAAUAUCCUGGUGCACCUCUGGUACUGAGGGGGAUCAAUAGCCAGGGGGCGUCGUCUCAGCAGUACCAGCCUAUCCUGAUGAUGAGCAAGAGCUACACUCUGCACUGGAACGGACCUGCACCCAGAGAGCUUGUCCUCUCGCUCAUCAAUUUUGAUAAAGAAGACUGGGUUCUGGUUGGACUCUGUUACCCAUCAGACACCACAUUUCAGAUCAUGAGCGACAUCUACGACAGGCAAAAAAAUACAUUCGACGACAUCACUGAUUACGGCCCCGUGUCCUCGCUGGCCCAGCUGGAGGCGAAGCCCGCAGAAAGGAAGUACUUCUUUGACCAACCUGCUGGCUUACUGUGGUUCUACCUCCGAGCGCGGCACGGACGGGAUGGCCACAGCUACUGUUCAACAAAAGGCUGUGAAAGAGUAAAAGUCACAGCCACUACAUCCUCCAAACAGGCCUGCAACUGUACCGCUAAGGCCUACCCCAAGUACUCAAAGACGCCCUCAGCGGUGGUGCCUCUGCCGGCUCCAAACACGCAACCUUGCAAAGACUGUAGGGCUAAGGAGAUUGUGUUUUCCAGUGAGCCAUGGACGUCCUACCUUCACACACAAGUGAAGUCUUUGAGCAGGAAAGAGGAAGAACGCGGAGACAACGCCUCCUUCAUCACUGUGAAUGAGGUUAGCAUGCCCUUCUCUCAGUCUGGGUUUUUCCUGGUCUCGGUGGAUGCUUGUUCUGGAAAAGUUGUCAAGAAAGCCUCAUUUGGGAGUGUAGACUCCAAGAUGAAACAGUAUUUAAAAACAGGAAUCCCAAAGAGGUCAAUAGUACUGUUGGCAACACGAGGUCAGCCCAAAGGUUUGGUGGAUGUGGCUCCGCAUCUGGUCUCUUUUGGUUUCGCCAAAGCUGCUGAUCUGCACAAUAAAGAAAGCCUGGCAAUGUGGGGAUUCCUGGGUGCUUCUUCGCCCCCCUCGUGGAUUUCACUACAAAGCGGGCAAGAGGACAACGUGUUGGGGCUGCAGGAGCGCUACUUGCCGUUGGGUUUGGAGACUUAUGGCUGUUCGCCGCUCGCAAGUCAAAAACGCAAAGACCUGGAGCUUCUCAAAAAAGCCACAGGGCAACAAUAGCCAAUGUGAAUUGUUCAACUAACCAAGCCAAAAAAGAAAUUCUUGCACACGAACACACAGCCAGUUGAUGAAUGUGAACUGCUGAACUCUUAAUUUAUUAACAGUGAUGAUUAUGUUUACCUACAUUGAGUGGGAAUGAGGAGUGGUGAUAUGAACGGGGUAAAUAUUUUUUUAAUGAUUUUGUUUGGAGGUGUGUUUGUGUUGGCCUGCGUUUGGGGCCUUCUUUUAAGUCAAUGCACUUUUUGUUUUAUAGAUCCAACAGCCAAAGCUUUAAAAAAGUAAUUAUUGCAUUUAUCUUGGACCACAGGAAUAAAAAGACAUUGGUUCAUUAAUGCUAAUAAUAACAAACUAAUAUCGGCAGGCAAUAAAUGAAAAUACAAAUGAAUUUUUCUUUUAAACAAAAGAACAUAAUGGGUUAGGCACACAGGCCUAAAGGAUAUCAGAAAAUAAAUUGUGUUGUACCUGAAACUAGACAUUAAUUAAGGCUGAAAGUGGAGCGGUGUCUGAGCGUUACAGAGCAAUUUAAGGCCGGGUUAAAACCUGUAGUGUAGGAAAAUCCGAGCCAGUGGAUUAGUGCUCCUAGCAUACAACAAACCUUGAAAAAUAGAGAUUAUACUCACAUUUGUAAUUAGUUGGAAACAACUCCUCGAUAAUGUGCAGUAAAACCUAUCAGGCUCUUCUGCGUUUCUACCUGAAUCUUAACUGGAAAACCUCUUCUGAUCGUUGUGCAGCUGAAAGACUUCAGAUUUUGAGCACCUUUGUUUGAAUUCCUACAUGGAGCUACUGGAGCUUCGCUUUCAUGUUUAUUUAUCUUUUCACAUCGACGAUGUCUGAAGAACUUUGCCUUUUUUGCAGCACAAAGAGAGAUUACGUCAUUAUUUUCUUUUUCUAAACAGAACUGAAUGUGUUACCUGUUGUCUGCCUCAUCUAUUACCUUUUUUUAUGUGCAUUAUUACCAAAACAGAAUGAUGACAAUAGAUGAAUUUAUGUACCAUACUGUGCAGUAGUAGUGAGCAGAAAAUGCAUAAAGAUCGUAUACCUGCUGAGUUAUAUAGAGCUGUACUUUAGGAUGAUGUAUUCUUUAACGUGUGUGUGGAUGUGACCAGGGCUCCCCCACUGAGCAUUGAAGUAUCUGUUCAUGGCUGACUGGGAGACUUUUGGAGUACAAUAAUAACCUUGUUGCCUUUUAACCACUGUACUGUUAAAAAAAGAGCAGAAAAUGGGAGAUAUUUUGUUUGCUCAGCUUUUGUUCAGCUGAUGCCUUUUUUUUUUCUGAGAGAAGAAACCUUGUAAAUAUGAUUCUGUACUUGUACUGUAGAAAUGAUAGUCAAUGUUGUAUUUGCUGUCCUUUUUUUCUUUUUGUCACUUGACGAGUUAUUGUAAAUUUUUUAAAGUAUAUUUUGACCUGAAAUUUCAGCUUUUGUUACAAAAUCGCCUGUUGAAUAAACAUUUGUGUGUUUUUGGUAAA